AUGUCGCCAGAGGAACUCGACAAGUACAAGCUUUACGUUUCGUGCAAGCCGCUAAUGCAGAAUAACGAGGUCCGGUGGUGCCAGGGGUUUCUCGGGAAAACGGCUCCGGUCUUGUCCGAAAAGGACCCGUUGAAGGAGUACCUUGAAUACGCCAUGAAGAACGGCUUCAACUUGAUCCCGCUAGAUACUCAUGUGGGGAACCUGCUUCAGGCGUUGAACGUGGCGGUAGUGCAUUGCCGGGCGAUUCACGAGGAGAUUUCGGAUGAACACUUUUACGAUUUUACCGUGGACAAGGUGGCUGAACUAUCGCUGAUUUCCGUCAGAUCGCUGCCUUUCAACUUCACGGGUCCUGCGCUCUUUACGGACUUUGUUUCUACAGGCCACGUCAACGCUGUAAUUAGAGAUUCUGGCGGCGUGGGAAGGGGCUUCCUUAGCGACAUGAAGUACCUUGAAAACAUGUGUGGAGCCUUGGUCAAUGCUGCAUCUGGAGGAGCCGUGGGCCUUCUAAUAGGCAACUUGAGAAAGCUCAACGGCGACGGCGAUUUGAUGGUGAUAGCGCCGUGGGACAGGCUCCUUCUGCUGCUUGGAAUUGACGAUGUGGACUCGAAAGCAUACCCGAAAAAGACAGAAACGGCACUGUCAACACUCACAAAAUCACAUCCCGUGCUUCCCCUCGUUAUCUCCCAGCACGGCCACCCGUUCUCGUGGGGCUCCUGUGUCAAGCUCAAAAAGGAUACCUUGGUGACCAACUAUCACGUUAUCAAGCCCUUCAUACGGCUGGAUACCGUUGUCUGCAGCAUAGUCUUGGGUAAGGACCACUCGCUUGUUUUGGAAAGCAGAAACAGCGUGGUGGUGCCGUUUGUGGAUCUAGAUUUGGCGUUUAUUCACUUGUCGGAGAAAAACCAGCUUGCCUUGGAUCACAUCAAAUGUGCACCCAUUGGCUUUGCAUCAGAACAGAAUAUUGCCGACGAGGUGUUUACUGUUGGGCACGGGCUUCUCCUUAAUGACAGUUUCCUCGACCCCAUCGUGUCCAAAGGCCAUCUUUGUUCGGUGACAAAUCACAAUCCGUACAGAUCUGAGUAUCCCCAAAUUCCGUGCAUGCUAGUGGCAUCCUCACAGUGCUGGAAUGGCUCCUCUGGAGGCGGAAUAUUCGAUUCAAAAGGACGUUUAAUUGGCAUCGUCAGCAGCAAUGCCCAGGUCUUUGUGCCUUCUGUUUCAGGUCUACAAUACGAGGAUAUCAAAUCCGAGAAGGUGCCGCUGUUCUGCUUGUGCAUCCCUCUGGAGCUUGUUUUCGAAUGCUACAAAAGCAGAGUCGACGAAACAAGAAAAGACAAUACCAUCAUGCUCAGCGACGAAGUGGUCAAAACAUGGAACCUCGAGAGCUCGCAUGUCAACAUCUUCGAAAGAGAAGCAAAGCUUUAG